UUGAUUAUAGACAGUUAAAAGAAGUUAUGGCAACAGGGUCAAGUUUUAUUGGUUCAACAGUUUCUGUGGACUGUGGCAGCAUACUAGGCACGUAUCAAGGUGAGGUGUGUGAUGUCGGUGCGGACGAUCAGACUAUAUCCCUAGUGAAUGCAUUCAGAAAUGGUCUAAAGUGCAAGAUUUCCAAACUUACUCUCAGUGCAAUUGAUAUACAAGAGUUAUCAAUAAUAACAUCAUCAAUAGAGGCCAAAUCAAGCCACGGCGUGAUUGGCAGCAAUAGGGCAGACACAGCAAAGGAUGGUCUUCCCCCGCUGUCACGCAGCAGCCUACCCCCAGCAGCAGGAAGCAGUGUUCCGACUGCUUCUAGUUGUUCCUCUGCACUUCCAAGUAGCUCGAAAACCAGGAACUCCCCUGCAAAGCUGUCAGAAAGACGGCGUGUAUACUCUGCAUCCGAAUCGACCACAAAAAGACAAGGAACGCCAAGGAAGGCCGAACAUUCACGCAGAAAGCCAAACGAUCGCAAUGAUGACUGCUUCAAUCAACAUGUUUGUGACAUCAUAGAGAGCGAAUUUGACUUCGAGUAUAAUCUGUCAUUGUUUGACAAGGCAGCCGUUUUUGAAGAAAUCAACUCGCAGCUGCCCAAUGAAGGCCUGCGGCUAGUAGAGUGCAACAAGCGGGUUCCGAAAUACAGGCACGAUGAAAACGUGCUAGAAAACGUGCCAGCAGUUUACCGCCAAAUUACAGCUCCAUCGCACCCAGAUCAGGAGUAUUACACUGACUCUGGACUUGUGAUUCCCAGUAUAUCGUAUAGUCUGCGUACUCGACUGCUCUCAGCAGCUGAGAAGUACGGGCUGAGUGUACCACGGCAGUUAGAGAUGGUCGGACGUUCUGCUAGUGAGAUGGCCCUGCAACUGCUGGGUGGCUGUCACAGAAUCAAUCCCGAAAAUUCGCAUCAGCGGCCAAGAGCAGCAGUGCUAUGUGGACCUCACAUGCAGGGUGCUCAGGGAGUUAGCUGUGCUCGUCAUCUCGCAAAUCACAAUGUUGACGUCACGAUCUUCAUUCCCAAUGCGGUGAAGGUGAUCAAUUGGCUGCAGGAGGAAAUGAAUCUGUUCAAAUGCACCAGUGGUGUGCAUGUGCAGAACAUAAAAGAGAUGACAAGUGGUUCUGUUGAUAUAAUCAUCAAUGCUCUGGACAGCCAUGACAACGAACAAUUGCAUGCAGAGUCAUGGUACAAGGCUGUAGUGAACUGGACAAGAAGUCAUCGUGCGUCUGUACUGAGUAUUGACCCUCCAAGUUAUGGUGUCGCGAUUGAGGCCAAGUGGUCACUUUCUAUUGCCUUGCCACUGCCGCUUCAAAAGUCUGUGGGCAAGAUCUACCUGUGCGACCUUGGUUUACCAGCGAGAGUGUUUACUGAGCUGGGGAUCAAGUACGAGUCACCAUUUGGUUCAAAGUUUGUAAUUCCUUUGCAUAGCAGCGAGUAGAGUGUGUUGAAAGGUGGUAACAUAUAUAGGGAGCUAGAGUAGCUGUUGAUGUUAAACGUUUUUAAUUAUGGAGGGUAUUUUUUGAGAAAUGUCAAUGCGGUCAGGAAUUGGUCUCAUGUAAACUGAAUACUCUACAUGUUUAGGAUGGGAAUAUGACAUGUUGUGCCAUUGAUUUGUCAUCAGGUUGACUCAUCACGCCUUUCUUAUUAAUGUUGUUUAAGUUACGUCAUGGUGGCCUAAUCUUUGCCGGUACUGAAGUUGAACCAAUUUUUAUAGUUACUGCAAUCUAUUCUGUUAUGUGAAAUGUAUGUUUUAUUUUUAGCAGACUGUUAAGGGGAGCAAGCAACUGGUGUAUUAAUGUUGCUGUGGUAGCAAGAAAGUCCUUUGGAUACAUACUAUUAUUAUAUAGCUAUCCUAGGGAAUAAAUUUCCUGAGCAUACUUGCCAUUAUUUCGUGAUAAAUUCAAUAAUUGGGAUGAAUUGCAAUGUAAUUGCUCAAAACGAGUGUAUUUUAUGUUCAUGAUAAUGCUACGAAUAAAUAUAGUGAUGAGCCCUAAUCCCCCAAUCUCUAAUCUUACAUAUAGCUGAAUUAAGCAUGAGUAUACCAGAUCUCCAUGCAAAAUCUACCCAUUUUGGUGUGCUCUGAAAUGAUGUUUUAGCGUAUGGUGGUAAGACGUUAGAUCACAGUAUGCAAGAUUAAUCUGUAUGUGAAGGCAUCGGUUAUAAUCAAUAAAAAGUUAUUUGGUUGCUACACACGUA